AUGCCGUGCCGGCGGGAGGAGGAAGAGGAAGCCGGCGAGGAAGCGGAGGCGGAGGAGGAGGAGGAGGAGCGGGGCGGCUUCCUCCUGCUGGAGCGGCCGGUGACGCGGGGCGGCUCGGGCGAGGUGGACCGUCUGGUGGCCCAGAUCGGCGAGACGCUGCAGCUGGACGCGGGGCCGGACCGCCCGGCUUCCCCGUGCGCGCCCCCCGCGCCGCCGCCGGCGCUGCAGCCCCCGCGGCCCCCGGCGGACAAGGCCCGGCCCCCGGACCGGCCACUGCCGCCGCCGCCGCCGCCGGGGGCCCUGCGCUGCGCCCUCGGGGAGCGCGGCCGCGUGCGGGGCCGGGCUGCGCCCUACUUCGUGGCCGAGCUCGCCGCCGGCCCCAGCGCGCUGUCCCCGCACCCCGGCCUGGAUGGGCCUUCCAGAGCCGACAAGCGGGGCGCCCCAAAGCAGCCUCUGUCGGGCCCGUGCCGGCGGGGAUGGCUGCGGGGCGCCGCCGCCCCCCGCCGCCUGCAGCAGCGGCGCGGGCCGCAGCCGGAAACCCGCCCCGGCGGCGACGACGACCCGCACCGGCUCCUGCAGCAGCUGGUGCUCUCCGGGACCCUCAUCAAGGAGGCCGUGCGGAGGCUGCACUCGCGGCGGCUGCAGCUGCAGCCGAAGCUCCCGCCGCUCCCGAGGCCGCCGGCGGCCGCAGCGCACGAUCCCCCCUCGCCCCGCAGCCCCCGCGCGGCCGGCGGCGACCCGGGCGCGGCGGGGAGGAGGGCGCCGCCCCGGCCGGGCGACGGCGUCCCGGUGCCGGGCAGCUGA